CUGUGCAGCAUACAGUAGGGAAGUAAAGGCACUUCCUUCUUCCUACCACACUGGUUGCACACAAACCAGUCAGUUUAAUAGGAAGUCUGGUAUUCAUGGCGAUGGGGAUCCAGACGCUGGUCGGGGACUCUUUUAACUGAGUUUCUCUGCUGUCACCGAGUCCAAUGUCACCGUGUUUCAAGAGGAGAAACACUCAGCUGUAGUUGUGUUCAAGUGCUCGGAGCUCUUUCUGCCACAAUGGCUGCGACGCAGCGUAACUUUUGGAUCGUACGGUGAAUCUGCGCUCCGAGGUGCCGCUAACUUUUACUGACUUAACUGGAGACGAAAGAGGAGGAAAGGAAACAUGAAGAAACAGUUUAAUCGCAUGAGGCAACUCGCCAACCAGACUGUAGGAAGGGCUGAGAAAACUGAGGUGCUGAGUGAUGACCUCCUGCAGAUUGAGAGGCGGAUGGAGCUGGUGCGCUUGGUGUCGCACAACACGCACAAGAGGCUGGUGUCCUGUCUGCAAGGUCAACUGGGCACAGACACAGAGAAGAGACAUAAAAAGCUGCCUCUGACGACGCUGUCCCAAGCCAUGCAGGAGGGAGGCAGUCAGCUUGGAGACGAGAGUCUGAUUGGCAAGAUGAUGGAUGUGUGCGGGGAGGCAGAGAGCAGGUUAGCGACUGAACUGAUGCAGCAUGAAGUUCAGAUUGAGAGAGACAUCCUGGAUCCUCUCAACCAGCUGGCAGAGAUAGAUAUUCCUAAUAUACUAAAACAAAGAAAACAACUCGCCAAGUUGGUUCUGGACUAUGACUCGGCCAAGACGAGGUGGUACCAGGCAACAAAGUCCUACAACCCGACUAUGGCAGCUAAGGUCGAUUCCCUCAAAGACGAGAUGGACGAGGCUCUCAACAAAGUAGAAAUAUGCAAGGACCAGCUCUCCGCAGACAUGUACAACUUUGCUUCCAAAGAGGGAGAUUAUGCACGUUACUAUGUCAUGUUAUUAGAGGCCCAGGCAGACUACCACAGGAGAUCUUUGGCAGCUCUGGAGGCAGCUAUACCAAAUAUCCAAGUACAACAAGACUCCUGGAUGGAGAAGCCAGCGUUCGGCACGGCUCUGGAGGAGCACCUGAAGAGGAGUAACCGUGAGAUCGCUCUGCCCAUCGAGGCCUGCGUCAUGAUGCUGCUGGAGACUGGCAUGAAGGAGGAGGGUCUCUUCAGAAUAGCUGCCGGAGCUUCAAAACUGAAGAAGCUAAAAGCAGCUCUGGACUGCUCCACCUCGCAGCUCGAGGAGUUCUACUCUGAUCCCCACGCCGUCGCCGGAGCCCUGAAGUCCUACCUCAGGGAACUUCCUGAACCUCUAAUGACUUUUGGCCUGUACGACGAGUGGCUACAGGCCUCCAAUAUCUCUGACUCUGAUAAGAGGCUUCAGGCCUUGUGGGUGACGUGUGACCGUUUGCCAAAGACUCACAAGGCAAACCUCAGGUAUCUGGUGAAGUUUCUGGCUAAGCUGGCUCAGGACAGUGACGUCAAUAAGAUGAGUCCCAGCAACAUUGCCAUAGUCCUGGGGCCCAACCUGCUUUGGGCAAAGACUGAGGGGACGCUGGCAGAGAUGGCAGCAGCUACAUCUGUCCAUGUGGUCGCCAUCAUUGAGCCCAUCAUCCAGCACGCUGAUUGGUUCUUCCCAGAAGAGGUGGACUUCAACGUUUCAGGCAUGUUUGCCAUGCCCACCCACCCAGCCACCCCAGAAUCUGAACCCAGCCUGGAGAGGAAACGUCCCGGCAGCCUGGUGGGGCAGGACGGGGACAGUCACACCCCCCGUAAAGACAGCACUGUUAACAAACAGCCGGAGCCUGCUCCACGUAGAGCCAACACUGUAAAUAGAAAGCAGCCACAGCUAACCUCACCCACCUUCCAACCCCCACUGCCCCCUCCGGAAGCUUGGGUUCCUGUCCAGCCUGAUCCCCAGCCCCAAGUUCCUUUCCCGGCUACAGAGCACCCUGGCGUGAAUGGUGGUGGAGGUGUUGGUGGAGGUGGUGGUGGUUGUUUUGGAGGUGGUCUGGGUGGUGGGGUCCAGGUAGCCACAGUGAAACCUCAGGUUGUAACCCAGCUCAGCGCAGAGGAGAGCAGCCCGGCCCGUGAGCUCAUGUCCACCCCUCCACCCCAGAGGAAUGGUGCGACCCAUCUUACAGUAGGAACCCCUCACUCUCAGGGUGGAUCCAGGGGGCCUAGUCCACAUAUGGUUCGCAGAGGCACCAAGAAGCAGGCCCCAGCCCCGCCCAAACAGGCCAGCCCCUUUGCCUCCCAUCCCAGUAGCACCCAAACACCCGGCUCGCCUCAUCACCCACCUAUCACCCCCCGACGCAACACCAGCAAAGACAGCCUCAUCCAUGCCCCGAGCCACCCGCCCCCGCAGCCUCCUCAAGCCCACCAGGCUCAGGGGGAGUCAGAACCCUCCCCACCCAGCACUCCCACCCCUCCUGACACUCCGCCUCACGAUGGCCCGCUCUCCAACCCGCUGUCUUCCUACCACUCCGGGUCUCUCCCUCGUCCCUCCAGGCCAGCUCCAAGGCCACGGCCCCGACCCAGCAUGCCGCCGCCCCCUCAACCUGCAGCAAAUGACGAUGGCAAUGGCAUCUGCAGCUCCGCCUCCAAGAUCAUAACAGAUGGAGGCCUGGUCCUAAAGGGGCCUGGACGAGCCCUCAUCCCUGAGGUGAUUGUGGACCAACAAGGGGAUAGCUCUGCUGGUCAAGAGCCUGCCACCACCCCAGACCUGCUUCUAGACCCUCAGAUCCACACAGAGAGCACCGCUCUGUGAGGGAAAAAAAAGAAAAAGAAAAAGAAAAGAAGAAGAAGGAUGAUGGAAAAUCCUCCUUCUCUCUGCUGGUCCACGUAACGGAUUCGAAUGCUUAGAAUCAAAUAUCAGACAGGUAACUCAAACCUAUCAGUUAACUCCAGCUCUUUACGCUCCACUCACACGAUGCCAGACUGCUCUCUGGAAAAGAAAACGGCUGCCUUUUCUUCAGUUUUUUUGCUGAGACUUGAACCAGAAACCUCAUCUUACAGUGGUGGUAUAAAGCACAAAACUCCUGUCCAGCUACUAGACAUCAUAUCACUUUUGUCCUAAAUACUGCUGGGUGUGUAAGAUUGGACUGCGCAGCCUUGCUAGACUCGAGGCUAUCAGAACUUAAAAUCUCUAAGCUGACAUAGCAGCUGAAGCUUUUAGAGCUUUCACUUUGUCUCCUGCUUAUUUUUUUAAAUGUUGCUAUCAAUACUAAAGGUUCAAUGCUCUGAAAAAACAUUCAUUCAGCAGCACAGUUGUGUGGCGAUAUUUGAGUGUUAGCCGGAUGCUGGUUAUCUAUUUAUCAUGCAAACACAAUCACAUUCUGAAAUUUCCAUUUUCAAAAUUGUCAUUUUAAACUGGCUACAUGUGAUGUUCAGCUUAGAAGAGCUUUUCAAUGACCGCCACACACUAAACAUACUAAUGUAAAGGACCAAAGAAAUGGAUAUAGGCCAAAGGAAAUGUAAAAUUUAGAGCUUUAUUAUGGUUGCUAAUGACCAAAUAUUUCGGCAAGAGUGCAAUAUCAAAUGCAGUUAUCUUGCACAGUAAUCUUUGGUAUUUCAGGUAGUUUUACUUCAAGUAACCCAUUUUAUUUUGUUUUUCAUCUGAAAUUCCAUUUGAUUUCAUCUGACCUGAUUUACCAAGCUCCAAAUUGAUGCUCAAAGAUGAGCUUUUAUCAUAAAAACGGGAUUUUCUUAAGACACUGAUUGUGAUAACUGUGUUGUCAAUACAAAGCCUGUAACUGAUCACUCCCACUAAAGCUCAGAGCUAUGACCAAAUACAGCCAAAUAAUUCAAUUCUUCUUCUUUUGUGUAUUAUUUUUUUUAUUGCAGCUGACAAUCUUUACCUUGUUGGGGUGUUUGAUUAUGUUUUUUUUUAUUUCUUUAUUUUUAUGUUGGCUUUAUCAUACAAUGCAUCAUUACUCUUAAUAAUUAAAGAUUGUUCAACAUUUUA